AUGACACCAGAUUCAGUGACUAACCUGCCACACACUUUGUGCCAACUUCAGAAUGGAUCAUCUGCUGAGGAUGAACUGCUUGAUAUAGGAGAGCACCAGACCAUACAAGGACCAGAGGCUGAGAGACCUAACCCAAAUCUGUCACAGAAUGGAUCAUCUGCUGAUGAUGAACUGCUUGAUAUAGAAGAGCACCAGACCAUACAAAGACCAGAGGCUGAGAGACCCAACCCAAAUUCAUCACAGAAUGGAUCAUCUGCUGAGGACGAACUGCAUGAUAUAGGAGAGCACCAGACCAUACAAGGACCAGAGGCUGACAGACCCAACCCAAAUCCGUCACAGGAUGGAAAUUGUGGAGAUGACCUUUUGUACCCUGGAGCACCAAUUACCAAAGGUCAAAGUUUGCUCCUUCUAAUGGCCUACGUCCUGAGGCAUAACCUGACGGGGAUCGCUCUGGACCAUCUUUUACGGAUUUUUAAUGAACUUUUCCCUGCACUGAUACCAGCAACCUCGUAUCUCUUCCAUAAAUCCUAUGGCCAAUAUGGCGAGUAUGUGCCCCAUUUCUACUGCCAUCAGUGUUCAAAUUAUAUUGGAACAAAUGAAUGUGGUUUGACACAAUGUGUUCUGUGUGAGGCAGAAUUUGAUGUGGAUGCUAGUCUAGAAAAGGGUUCAUAUUUUUUGGUUACCAGUUUAUCUUUGCAAAUUAAAGAGAUUCUGGAAAAACCCAACAUCAAAAUCCAAAGACAGACAUCUACUCCAGGUUUAAUUUGUGAUGUGCAAUGUGGAGGGGAGUAUAGAAGGCUUAAAGAUAGUGGUGAUAUAGGUGAUGAUGACAUCAGUCUGAUCUGGAACAGUGAUGGAAUCCCUGUUUUUAUAAGCUCUAGAUGCCAAAUAUGGCCUGUUCAGUGCCAAAUCAUAGAACUAAACCCUACAGACAGGAAGAACAACAUAUGUGUUCCUUGUCUUUGGUUUGGAAAGAGCAAGCCUAAUAUACAGACUUUCCUAAUUCCAUUUGUAAAAGAGCUACAGGAACUUCAAAGUAAUGGGAUCACCUGGAGAGAUGGUUGCUCAAAGGUGCAUGCACUUGUAUGUAGUGCAGAUUCAGUUGCAAGGCCACUUCUCCAAAAUAAGAAACAGUUUAAUGGCAUUUAUGGCUGUGACUUCUGUUACCACAGAGGUGGAGGCUCCUAUCCAUAUGUUAUUCCUGAACCCCGUCUUCGUACAGAAGUUGAGCAUUUUGUUAAUGCUAUGAAUGCAACACCUCAGCAGCCCAUAAUGGGAGUGAAAGGACCAAGUCAACUAAUGAAACUAGACAAAUUUGCAAGGCUUUGUUCCAGAAUAUCAGCAUAG